AGAGGUAGAGGGUUGAGGCCGGGAGUCAAACUAGCAGCUGCUUUGACAGAGACUGUAGCCUCGGUGCAUUUGGGGACAACUGAAAUCACUACCUACCAAAAGCCCCAUCCAUUUAACUGUUCUAGAGCACAUCAGAUCACUGCAGGCUCCCAUUUACCUAAUAGGUUGUGCUGGUGCCCAUGUGUUGUUGGGGUGGGGUGGGGUGGUGGUUCAUUGAUUUUGGAGUCUGGUACGCCCCUGUUAGAGACCCCUUAGUUUCCCUUUAAUGAGUCUGCUCAUUUACAAAAGCCUGACUGCGCCUUUCCCCCCUAAUUUGCUCACGACUGGGGCUUCGCUCGGCUCAGCCUUCACGCAGUCACAGAUAGUUGUCGGUCUGGACUGAGGGGGAAGGCUAUCUCGGAAAUAAUCUGCCCACGCGAUAAGCUGCUUUAUCUCAGCCAAGCCUCGGCCGGACAGGGACGGCUGCUGCUCGGUGGUGUCCACUCACUAGGAAGUCCGAAUUAGAGAAAGAAAAAGUGACACAGACUGUGGAGACAAGUUUGAGAAUCUGGGGAGCGCGUGCUCGGUGUGCCGCAUACAUGGAGACCUGAUUGGAGCCCAGACAGACAGACACACACACAGACAGAGCUGAAGCUGAACCUGUUGCUGCGUGUUGAGUGUUGCGGGCAGGAGGCAGAAAACAAGCGCACACUGGGAUUUUAACCACAGCGAGAAACUGGCACGGGCGGGUUUCGGGCAUGGACAACGCUGGAUAUUGGAUAUUCCUGAUAACAAUUUGUGUAUUUCCCGGUAGGUUGCCUUGUUUUACUUUGCAUCCGGUCUUUUAUAGAGAUAUGAUGAUAAAUUUUGUCUAUUUCAAAGGAGGAGGCGAAUAGUGAGAUUAGAGAUGUGCCAAAACACAGUCAUAUCAAGUGUAUGUGGUCUAAUGAGUUGGAGACUACAGGACACUGGCUAGUAAGGAAAAAGGCACCACACAUAUAUAUGUUUAAAUAUAUAUAUGUUUAUAUAUAUUUUAUUAUUUUCCAGGGUCUCAUCAUAUUUUUUUCCUUUUAUAAUAACAAUACUACUACUACUACUACUACUACUACUACUACUAAUAAUAAUAAUAAUAAAGUCAAUCUUAGUGUAUGUUUACCUGCAGAUUAAAAAAACAUUUAUCACUUAAAUUCAACUCUUCACAUCUCAGGCGUAUCAAACUUCUACUGUUACAUCCAAUCCUUCGAGAUCUUAUAUGUAUUAUGUAAUGACAAAAGCUAUUGUGGCAGCAUAUGGACAUGUUGAGCCGCACAGACAUCUGCUGUGAUUGCUUUUUUCACUCAGCAAGUGCUAAACCCCCCUUUACCAGUCAAGCAGUACUUAAUUUUCUGGUGCGCAUGCAUGUGUGUAUGUGUAAAAACUAAGUGUGAGGUUGCACCAUGUGUGUAGGAUUGUCAUGUUGAAGGACAGAGCUGUGGAUUAAAGAGCAGGAAGGGUGUAACAUCAUGAUUGUUGCCAAGAUCCAGCCUGGUUUGCUGACUGUUGCUGCUACAGGGUUUCAGUCUCACUUCAGCACCUCCACAGAUAUCUGUCAGGUGGGCUCUGCAGGUUCAUCUGUCUGUGAUGCUUUGUAAGCUUGCAGAAAGUUGCAGAAAAGACAGACUGAAGCUGACAGACAUCCUCAUACUUUUUUUGAUAAUCCAGAGUCUAAAGCUGGAGCACACAGACGCUACCCCACAGAAAUAAUCCCGCACAAACACACAGCCCUUAUGUCCUCUCCUUUUUUUUUAAAUUGUCUCUUUGUGAGCAUCUCCCUCUCCAGAGUCGACCCAUUUGGUACCAAAAAUUUUUUUCGCCUCCAUUGUCUCUCAGUUGGAGGGUCUUCCUCUACAGACAUUUCCCCUCCAUCUCCUCUCUUGGGUUUUGAUUUUCCUCUCAUGUCACAAAACAUAGAUGCAGCAGCAGCAGUAGUCGCAGCAGUCAUCAUAAUCCUGUGAGCUGCCCGCUGAUCACCAGCCAAGUGCACACUCCAUGCCUCAGCAGCGCCUCAGAGAUUACACACCCACACAAACACGCACUUAACUACACGCAUGUGGACACAGAUUCAAGAAACUCAUUAAAAACAAUAACAGAUUAAAAACAAAGAGGGAAUUAGUAUCAUCUCCAUUUCAAUCAAGUCAAAUUGAAAAGGACAAAAGAAUUAAUUUGGUAAAAGUGGAGGUCUCAGGUCAGUUUGUAAAGUUGGUUUUGGACCAACAAAGAAUGGGGAUGUGGAUACAACAGUGUACAGUAGUGACAUUAGAUUAUGUCAUAAAGCGGUUAAACCUCUCCCAGACCACCCAAUGUUACACAUUCUCAAAGGUUUGGUUUAAGCACCAUGCAUUGGAGUGUGUAAACACGGUAUUUGAGGAUUUGUGUGUCUGUAUCUGUGUGUGUGUGAGGCAGUUGCUCUUCACUGUGCCUUAGGAUAGGAGUCCCUACAUUGUAAGUCACAAGGCAAAAGACUCAAACACAGUGAGUAAUCCCCGAUCAAUCACAGAUUUGAUGGUCUAAAGAUUAAACAGUUAAUCUGUGCUCUCCUCUUUCUCUCUCUGGGUUUUUCAUUUUCUCGUCUGUCAAAGGUCUGAGGCCCUGUGAGCAAAGCUGGAGGUAGACGUAGUCUGGAUGACUUGAAAUGUAGUUUGUUGUAAAAUGCCUUUUACUAACAUGUAUUACAGAAUAUCAUGAGAAAAAUGAUGUUUCGUGUAUAUAGACAUAUGUCUCAAAAUACCUGAAACAUGUCGCCUAUGUUAGACUGGGGUCUUUAAUAUUCUAUCUGCUUUAAUUACCGACUUCAUGUCAAAUUUAACCAAACACUGGAGAUUUUGUAGUUUUUAGUGGAGGCUUUAUUGUAAGCUCCAGGAUUGUGUUGCAGCUGAUGCAGUCUGCAGCUUCAGCUCCUCACAUAACACAAAGUAAUGGUCCAACAAAGCAUAAGGAUAAUGCUUUUAAUGAUUGUUUCUCAGAUUCUGGGUUUUAUCACAAGAUAUUUCUGAUUGUGUUUUUUUCCGAGUACGAUCGUAAAAGUGUCACUGACUGAUACUUUUUGAUUGAUAGUUUGUGACAGUGUAAUUUGCCAAGUUUUUUUAAACAAUAAAUUUAUUAAACUUUUACAAAUACAAGUAUACAAAAAAGAACAUCAAAAACAUGGACAGUUGGACAAUGAAAUGCAUAGCCCAACAUCCAAGAAAGUCCAAAAGGGGUCUUCAAAUCUUCUCAAAUUCGUACUUAGCCAAGUUAGCAUAUUACUGAAGUCAGUUACAUUAAGAGUCUGUCAUAAAAAUGUCCUUUGCAAAAGUUCUUGUGUGAGCUGGCAAAAGUGUUCAUCAGAUCCCAAACUCUCUGUCACCUCAGUUGAAAACGUCGUUCUCAGGAUAUCUUGUGCCCACGAUUGUGCAGCUAAACUGAGGGUCUCUCACAACUUAGGUCUAACUUUUUUUUAUUUUUUUUUACUAUUUUUUUAUAGUACAUUCAAUUUGUAUCUAGAAUGACAUCUUAUCUCAAUAGCAGGAAGAAGCAAGCUUUGUGAAUGGAUUCAGAGAGUCUAAGGCAAAGCCUGCCCCUGUCCCGCUGUUGAACUCAGACACACAUGUGAAAAGGUUAAAAAUGGCCUGUCACAUAUAGAGAACAAGAUGCAGGAUAUCCUCUCAGGACAAAAACAAAAAAACCAUCACCACGCUGCGAUGCACCUGCUGUUUUUGCAUGUUGCUUUCAGGAGAGGAACAAUAUUGCCAUUGUUUGUUGCAUUCCCAUGGCUGUAUCUCUCCUGUGUGCUGCUGCAUAUGGAUUAUUGUCAUGAGGACUGCUGAGGUCAUUUCCCAUCGCUCAAACAAUAGAAGAAUGUGAAUGGUCAUGGCAGAAAGAGGAAGGUGGGAGUGAUGGGAGGCCAACGAGAUAGGGCUGUGUGUUCACAUGUGCGUGCGUGUGUUUAUGUUUGUGUCAGAGAGGUAGACUCCCUGUCUGUUCUGCCCUCUCCUAAAGCCCCUAAUAAGCUCAGCAACUGAGGUCAGUACGUAGACUGGGGGGUAUACUAGUGUGUGUGUGUGUGGGUGGGUGGGUGGGUGGGUUGGUAGGUAGGGAAACGUUUAAACACAAGUGAUAGGGUAUUUGAACUCCCUGGUAGGCAAGCUGAUUUUUAUUGAGGUCUUUAUUAGACAGGACAGCCAAAGAGAGACAGAAUGGGGAAAGACAUGCAGCAAGAUUGUACUGAGAAGUCGAACCUACAACCACUACAAUGAGGACUAUUGCCUUUGUGUAUUGGGUGCGUGCUUGACCAAAAAAACCCUACAAACCCACUUUUGUUUUUACGACUUGGAUGCAUUUGCUGAAUUUGAGUUUUUGGUAUUUACAGAGAUGACUUCUCCAUCUGAAAACAUCCGUCUAGUGAAUCAGCGGAAGAACAUUUUUGGACGUACAUUUGGUUCCUGUCUUAUUAAAAGUUGGAUAAGAAUAUUAAUUGUCCUUUUUAAACCGUUAUAGACAGCAGACAUUUAGCUUGGCCGAGCUAAGCACAAAGACAGGAAACAGGGAAACAGCUGGCCCAGCUCAGUUAAAGGGUGACAAAAUCUGCACACCAGCCAUUUAAGGCUUAGUAGACAGAGGUCUCUUCUGGUUCAAUGUGAGUUAAAGAAAACCAAUAUGUUAGAUAACACAUUCACAAAAGGGGGGUAAGUGCAGCACAGUUUGAAAAACCCUCGACACUAUCGGCCGUAUAAAACAUGGGCUUCGGCUAAUAUCACCCUGUGGUUUUUGAAGAGAUGUGUUGAAGAUGGUUUGAGUCAGGCAGAGAGGUGAAAUGUAGCCUGUAAGCAAUCAACAACAACACAUCCACCAGCACUCCUAGCCUUUGUAUUAUCUUAACAAAUGCAUUAUCAGCAUUGAUAUAGUAAAUAAAACAACAUAUUCUUCCUCUUUUUACAUUUUAAUUUAGCAAUUUAACAGCGCUGUUAAAGAGGAUUCCUUGGUCAUGAAGAGUCUGAAGUACACUUGGGAAUAUUGCACCAUCUUUAGUUUUUAAGCACCUACAGCUUUUUCUCUCUUAACACAAAUGGCAUGUAAAAACUUUCAUUUAGAGGACAAUUUGAGAAAUAACACCCCAACUAUUAAGAUUCAGGUACUGUAAUCAGAGUAUAUGUAUGGGAUGCUGACCUCCUUUGCUUAAUUGUGGGCUGUUUGUUCCCCCCGAGCCCUGACCAGUCUCGUCCAUGUUGCUGUUUAAUGCACACCCAUGAUUGGCUCCAAUAAGACGAAAAAACAGCAGCUUUGGUUGAUGUUGGUUGAUGUUAUAUCAUGACAAACAACGAUGUUGCAUCAUGUACUUCUUUGUGAAUGGUAUGCUGUAAGACUUCACUGUGGAGUUUUUAAAGUGCCUCAUUAACUCCCUAAGUGAGCUAUUAGCAGCUGAUUGUUGAUACAGAGUUGAGUCGUGCUCUGGACUUGUUGGUACAAGAUGUGGUUGAAAAUGAGGAAAACUCGAAAACUCCAAAUUCAGGCAACUGGACUGUGUAGAGUUUGAGAAGACAUUUCAAGAAGCUUCUUCAGUUCUGAACUGGAGAAGCUUCUUGGAUAACAUCUUCUCAAACUCUACACAGUCCAGUUGCCUGAUUUUGGAGUCUUCGAGAUACCAUGACCUGGAUGAAUGAGAAUCUACAUGGAGAAAUUGAGGAAAAGAACAAACUUAGUCAAAUACUGGUAUGGUGCUCCAUCCAAUACUCCCCCUUUCUCACUAAUGUGCUCUAACAGGCUUGAAUACAGUUGUUUCAGUUUAAUAAGGCCAGGCUGGGGCGACGGCUCAGGUGGCAGGUGCCUCAUUUAAAGAGGCCAUAAUCUUUAAUGCUUUAAUGAAGGUUUGACUGCUGGCCUUGACUUCCUGAUAAAUGUCCACCCCACUCUCUUCUUUCCACAUCUGUCAUUCCUCCACUUAUUUUAUCUAAUAUCAGUAUAAAAUUCCCCUCCAAACAAACAUAAGGCCAUCUAAUCUGUAUUGAGCUAAGUGCUAGCAGUAGCAUCUUUUCUUGUCACAAAGAUACAUUAAUGUUUAUUUGAUAUUAUAUACAUGUUUGUGAUUAAACACAAUAAGUUGUUUGGGUAAAUGAAUGAUGCACUACCAUAACGAGUUAGGAUGUGUCUGGAUAUUUUAAAAAAAAUCUACGCCCACAUGUUGGAUUCAAUAAAGAGUUUCAUCAGUUUGUGUUUUAGUUGAAUUGUUAAUCCUCAAAAUAUCAAUAUGGUCCCUUUAUAGGUUUGCAGACUCAAACAUGCACGAGUACAUUUGUCAUGACAGAACCCGCUGUAUUUCAGAGAAAACAUUUUGUAACAGAGGGACCAAAAAUUAUCUAAUGCAGAUGCACUUUAAUAUCGUAAAUGGUGUAAUCUACUCUCACUGCUUACCUUCUUACCUCCCCGUGACCCAUAGCUGUUUAUAUAAGAGGGUAUGAAAGGCACAGUGAACUGCUCACACAUGAAACUAUUACACUUAUUGAUCUCACAAAUCUGCUGCGACUCAAGUUAUACGCGAUAACUCGUAAUGACGUAAGUUGUAUUUUUGGAUGGCUGAUGUCAGCGGGGCAGAGAUGUGCUCUGUAGGCAAAGUUUUGUGCGUAUGUUUGGAUGAAAAAUAAUUUAUCAUGUACAGAUGCUCUUUAGCAUAUUAAAUUCUGUCUCAGGAUUCAUUUAAGAGGUUUUUAUUAAAUUUAUGCUUUAAUAAUUAUCUAAUGGAGGCUUUGUUUUCCUGUUCUCAUCAUUUAGAGGAUGGUACAUCUCUCUAUAAUGAUUUUUCUGAUGUGCCAAUUUUCUAAAUAUUUUGUCUGUUAUUAGUGAAAUCUGACUUAAGUACUUCUUUAAUAAUUUAUUAUUAGCAAUAAAACAAGAAAGAAGACAGAUUUAUAUAAAAUAGUAAAUGAGCAAUAUAAGUACAGUCUUCUCCAGGUUAGGAACAAGAAUGUGAAUUACUUGUGUUUGAAUCAUCUGCUUAAUUUUUGUUCAAUUAUCAAUUAUUGACUUUUCAGCAGACCAUAAGGUUGAAGGGAGUUGUAUUAUCUUGAUGCAGUUUCCAGAAAUGUGUGACAGGUUCAACUCAGUCAAUCAGAUAUCAGAUAUCAAAUUUAGAAGUUUGGGAAAAGGUCCAAUGAAAACUGGGAAUAAAAGAGAGACGAAUACCUUUAUCAGGAAAACAAUGUUACACUGAGGUUAGAGUGGAAACAUGGGCCACACCACAUAUUUCAUAUUAUUGAUGUCUGCCAGAAGAGCAACUGUCGGGCAUUUUGAGAGUUCGCAUAGACAGUGUCUGGUAAAACUCAGAGUGGUUAUCUUUGCAGGGCUUUUAUACGUCAUACAUAUUUUGGAAAGUAAUUUUUGAGCAGAUUUGCUAUUAUCAAGAAAGUGUAAAUUAUAAAUGCCAAUCUAGAAAAUAUUAAUCUGAAAUCUUAUUGUAAAAAAAUUACCUUACUGAUUAAUUCACAUUGCAAGGGUAUUACAUAACAGGAAACACUGUGGAAACACUCACCAGCACUCCUGAAUGUCUGCUCAGAGGUGCAGAUGCUCUAAAAGCAGCUAAUGUAGCGCUGACCUACAAGCUUUAGUUGGAGUCAUAGACGACAGAGUCUGGUAAGAUCACUCUUGUUGUGCUGCAUGAAAACAGUUUAUUUUCUAAGUGAGUCUUCUGCUUGUUUAAAUUACAUUACUUAAGUUAAUUUAUCUGCCCCCCGCUAAAUCCUUAAAUGGCUUUACAGAUCUUUUGGAUGUGUGCAGUAAUGCGGGCUAAGAUCGGUAAACACACCUUAAAUUGAGAAACUCGUGAAGGUCCCCUUCAAGGUCUUGGGCUAAAACAUGACCCUGAAUAAGUUUCAGAAAUAAGCCUUGUCAUUAUCAAGAGAUAGAAAGAGGGAAAGAUAGAUAAGGUAAAUUGAAUAUGGUGCUGAAGUUUAGAUAACACCAAACACACUGUGGGUGUCGGUUUUUGCAUUCGUCACUGAGAGGGGGUUGCAUCGUUCCUGGAAGUACUGCAGUAUCAGGUCGAUGCCCCUAUUCCAAAAGGCCGAGAAGUGACACACACAUUCACAUUCAGUAAGACCUGAAUGUGAUAAGCAGUAAACCAUGACAUAAUCUGGUGUUAUUCUGGCCCUAGAGUAUUUACUCAGCUCAAAGGCUUUGUCUUGGACAUAAUGUAGUUUAAGGGAUUUUUGAAAGAGUGUAGUCUCAGACUGUCUUACAGUCUUAAUAAUGCAUACAAACAAGUUUUCAAAACUGUCAAUUCAGUUUCAAGUUCUCCUGAAAUGCCAAAAGGGAGAGAGAGGAGAACAAAACUCAGAAAGUAUGUUCAAUCACAGAAAGGCAGAGCUAGAGCAAAGACGCACCGCCCUCUCUUCUGCAGGAAAAACCAACUGUGAUAGAAAUAUGAGAAUAACUUCACAAAUAACUAGAGGACCUUGUCAGAGGAGGGGAGUGGUUUUAGUUUUGAUGUCCGCCUGGGGUGGUUUGGACUGGUUGCUCUUUGAUAGCGACGAGACACCCACGGUCCAAUCAAUAUUCAUCCAUUAAUGACUCGGAAAUAUUGGACAACAUGACAAACUGUGACAUCUCAUUAUAUUUGUAUUUUUAAAUACCGUAUGAAACAUGGAAUUCCCCCCAAGGUUACAUUCACUCUGUGUGAUUCAGCAUCAUGUUCAUAUGAUUUCUGGUUGUUUGGUUUGAAGGACAACAAGCUGAACAGAAAAAAAAACAAAAUGAAUGAAUAAUAUGCUAUGAAAUCUAGUUUUUAAGACUAAAGCUAGGUCAGCUUUAUGGUGAUCAAACAAGAAUGAUUGUUUUUUAAAAUAUAAUUCCAAUCUAUUGGCAAAGUGAGCAAUCACCUAAGCCCGUGCUCAGUAUUUACAACCCCAAUGUCUGUCAUUGGAUGCUGUGAGAAUCUGAUAAUAUGAAUACUUCUUUGGGAUAAAGUUACUCUUUUUACCAAAGAUGAAGCAGACUAAAACAAAAGAAAAAAAAGUCAUAAUUUUUUGUUCAUGAGGUUCAUAUUUAACGGGUGAUAACCAUAGACUGUAUAUAGAAUGGACAGAGUCUGCCUCCUCGCUGAGUGAAGCCACUCCAAGAACAGCACCCUCUGGUGACGGGCUGCAGUAUAGGUCAUAAGUCCCGCCCCCUCCAGCAAAGCUUAUGGAGCUGUGGACAAGCUUUAGAAAUUUAUUACACAAGACAUAAAUUUUUCUCCACCUGCUUGAGGUGUUGACAUGUAGUUACUGUAAGACUGGUUUGUGCUCAAGUCAUUUUUUUUCUGUGAAGCUCCGUUUUUAAAAGUUAUUAGGGGGUUCAUGUUUUCUAUGAUUGACAUCUGAUACAGCCUAUUGGCGUUCAGGGAUUGUGUAGCUCACCCGAGCGUUUGAACUGAGCGUCAUCACAGUGAGUCUUGCCGACUCUACUGCUGAAUGCACACAAUGCUACUGCGCAAUGCUGGUUUCAGGAAAUGAAGAAAAAAAUCAUGGAAAUACCGAGAGCUCUUUGGCUUCAAAUCCAUAUACAGGCGGGAGGCGGAACCAAGUUGUCCACACAGUCUAUGGUGAUAACCUGUUGCAGGCUGUGAUUAAAAAUGAAAUUUAAAAAUAUAUAUUUCCCCACAAUGAGAACGAAUCUUUAAAGUGUUAUGUCCAUUAGGAAGUGAUACCUUUAAUAAUAAGGGAAUAGCAGUGGUUUUAAUGAAUGUGGAUCCCUUCAGCCCUCUGCUGUGUUUGGCUGCGCCUAGACUAAGAGGAAAAAGGGUCUUUGAAAAGAUUAACCAUAAAGAUAAAAUGAUUUCUUCACAAAUAAGAAAAUAAAGUUUAAAAAGAUUUUGAAUUAUCUAGUCAAAGAUGAACGAAUGUAACUGACUGAGGAAUGAUGGUUGAUAUUAAUCCAGAAAUGCUGUUUGUGGGUGGACUGAGAGCAGCUGUUGUUCGGGGCCUUUUAUCCAGUGUAUCAGAAAUAUUCUCUAUCAUGCAGUACAAGUGAAUUCAUUCCUCCUGAAGCUGCCAGGUUAAAUACAGUGUCCCAUGAUGUAUAUCUAACAAACACACGUGAACACACGUGGCUCAUGUACACUCAGGAAGUGGGCGUGUCUCUGCAGUGGAUUUGUUAAAGGGGAUCAGUAAGUCAGUGGGAACAGUAACCAAACAAAUCGUGUUUAUUUAUACCUCGCUCUAAUCCGAAACCUUUGACCGCAGCUCACCUCUCACGCUGCUAAAAUGUAUCGCCUUUGACAGAUCAGCUCACUUUAUCUGCUCAACAUGCUGGGCUGACUGUGAACAGCUUAGGGAGUGCCAGUUUGAUGCUGCCAACAUGUGUUUAUUUGGGGUUUGUGUGUGUGUUUGCAUUUAGAAAUGUGUACAGGCAUGUGUGCCAAGCACAGGUGAAAGUGUCUGUCUUUAACUUUUGUGUUUUACCUCCAGGGGUGAAUGGCCAGACUGUGGAGAUGGAUGAUGGGAAAUGGGGCUAUGUUGGCUCAAAGGUGGAUCUCCGCUGUCGGUUCAUCAACAGCUCCCCGCCUGUCAAAAUCUCACAGGUAACACAAACACUGAUCCAUCUGAACGUAUGGAUUACACAAUAUCAUGACAUAAAAUCAAUCAGAACUCAUCUUUUAAAUCCAGAUAGAUCACCAUCAACACUGACAAUACUUGAAUGUACAAUGUUAGGUAUUAUGUGGGGUUUUAUACCACAUAGGGUUCUCGAUUUACCCUACUUUUUUGGGAUAAGCAGGCUCAACAACACCUGAAGUUCAGCUGAGAGAUGUACGGUAUCACCAAGCUGCUCAUGGUCUGUCUCUGUUGACUCAGACGUUCUGCUUUAGGCUCAGCGGGUGCUCAGAUGAAAGGGAUGUUUAGCUCGUUAUUUUACGCUUCUCCCGCACAUAAAAGGAAUGACUUCUGGCAGUUUACUUCAGUUGGACUGACGAUAAGAAGUAAUGGUGAAUAUAUAAAAACUAAUGCAGUGAUAAAGCAUUAGUAACCAGACCAGCUGUAAAGGCGAGAACUUCAAUCAGGUUGGACUCUCUCAUAUGAAUAAAAACAAACUCAGCCAAAAAGAGGUUAAUCGAUUAAUUGAUGUGAUUUAAUAAAUGAUAACCUAAAUAUGUUUUGGCACAUCAAUUUAAUCAUCCAUUUUUGGUUGCAAAACUUAAAGGGUUUAAUAUACAAUGUGGGAUUUUAAGGCCAAACAUAGAAAACGUAAUCCAAUCCAUUGUGUUGCGCUCUUAUAUUUGUUUUACUCUGUUUAAAAUCUGUAUAAAUAAGAAUUCAUGUUUACCUGGAGCAAAUAGGAGAAAAUGUGAUCAGGGUGACACCCAUCAGCAACAGAACUGAAUAAAAUUGAAAUAUCUGCAUAUUAUUUCCCCUGAUGUGAAUCAUAUGGCAUGUGUUACUGUAACAGUUUUGUUUCAUUCUGUGAAGUUAAAAAUGAGGAUUUACAAUUCCCAAAAGUUUCUCAACAGACCGAUUCACCCUUUAACUUUACUUCAUUUUAACCCUGUCCUCUCCAGUAAAUGAAUAAUAAUUACUGAUACAUCAAUGUUAAUAUAGCUUUACUUAAAGACUUAAUGAAAUUCAAGAGGGUCUAUAUGGAAACAUCUUUUUAUUCCUCCAUUGUCACACCGAUGCCACUGCCCAGAAAAAUGCUCAUUAUAGCACUGAGUGUUGUGUUUGGUGCUUUGUAACACAAGGUGAUAAAGGAAAGAUUGAAAUUCACAAGACAUAUAAGCCUGAGGGAACUAAAUGAAGUAGCUGAUAUUAUCACUUUGAGACAGCACAAGCUCACCAGCAAAUCAACCAUAUUAGCAGAGAAGCUAAGAUGAUCUGAGACCCCCCCCCCCCCCAAAAACAAAAAAAAAAAAAAAGAAAUAAAAUAAAUAAAUAUAUAAAAUAAAUAAAUUGAUAAAUAAUGCAUAGGUAUGAAUAAAAUGCUAGGCAUAUGUUUACCUUUUUUCAUGCCUGAUGUCCGCACCAUCAUUUAGUCAGGCAUAUAGGGGAAAAAACAUUGCUGCGCCUGACUGGACUCAGUGUGGUGUUUGACCGCUGUUGCUCAUCUGUAUCACAUUAAAUCCUCUGGAUUUUCCAGCACGCUUCCUAAUCCUUGACACAGAAAACAGUUACCUAGAAACACAGAAAAUGUCUUUUUUCAGUUCAACAUGAUUAAUACAUCGUAAUUACAUGGUACUUUAAGUUUGCAUAUUUUUAAAGUUAAUAAAAAACUUUAUUUGUUGAACACAUACCCAGUUGGCUGAAACCUACUUUUACUGAUAUAUUGCUGCAAAUGGUGUAAAAAUGACCCCCUUUGAGUUAAUUCAGCAUAUUUUAGGCUGUUCAAAGAAGAGGUGAUGCAUCAACAUGGUAGACAUGCCUCCGGCCAAAUUUUUGUGAAAUGUGUUGGAAGUACCUAUGGAGCCCCUCUGGCGACAUUUGAGGAGACAAUAACGGAUCGCCCCUUGAUAUUAAUUUAUUUCAUUUUUCCUGCAGAUUAAAACAACUUCAGUUUUGAGCUAUGUGUGUGUGUGCGCAUAAACACAAGCACUCACACAAUCAAAAGCUAUGUAUAGCAUAAUCCUCCAACAGUACCACUACUACUGUCAAUCAGAUUUUAAUACAAAGUACCCUGAUUCAUACUGUAACAGAGCGUGACUACGUGGUCAAGAGGAAAACCAUAAAUAUCUACAGCCUGGCACUCUGAAUGUUAUUUCACUCAGAAUCCUGUCCGAUGCUGGGUUUUGAUUAUUUUUGAAAAAAACCUUAAAAUAACUUCUGAGAGAGUGAUUACAGUUAUUACAUUCAGUGAUAACAUCACAUGGGAGGAAAAACAGGUUAUCUACCACUGAGUGUGUACAACGUGUUAUGUCUCAACCUGACUCUCAUGCAAAUUCACAAGCGUCACACUGAUGACUUUUCAAACUAAACUGAUUUUCAUUUCUGUUGGGAAAUGCUCUAAACAUUUGCUCUGAGCUGCAUUACUGCUCAACUUUGAAGUUACUUUGAGUAUGAUGAUUGCUCACUCUGACUAUUGAAUGGAGUCAAUUUGAGCUUUUCAUUUGAGUGGAGUUAGAGAAAAUAUGCAGUUUUUGUUUUUAAAGAAAUGUAAUUUCUUGUGUACUGAAAUGUUUUGAAAUCUCCAGGCAAAUAUCAGGAAAUAAAGGUUGAAACAGACUGUAAAAACAGGCAACCACUGACACUCUUAUCUGUACCUGAUGGAAAUUUAAGGUCACCAAUGGGUUCUGCCGUGACACCUGGCCUGACUUAACAUUUCACAUGUUGGUUUCUUGUCGUUUUUCUCACCUGCACUAUCUAAAGCUUUCAUUUUUUCCUCUUUGCUCUCUUCAGGUGACAUGGCAGAAACUUGUGAAUGGCACCAAGCAAAACGUGGCCAUUGCAAACCCCUCCCUUGGGGUAUCUGUAGCCCCACCCUACAGGGACCGCGUGGCCUUCAAAAAUGGAGCAGUUAGGAGGAGAACACCGAACUUAGAGGACACCACCAUCAUCUUCUCUUCACUGCGCCUCUCUGACGAGUGCACCUACAUCUGUGAAUACACCACAUUUCCUGCAGGGAACCGAGAAAACUCUGUGAACCUCACUGUCUUUGGUAAGGCAUAUGUUUGAUGAUCUGGCCCUCAAGUCGAAUGUUACUUAGUUAGUUUAUGUUGGUAAAGCCUCUCCUUGCUUUGGCUUUAUGUUUAGUUGUUCAUAUAUGUGAGGGACCUGCACCAUCUAACUCGUAACAUUAAGACAAAUGUCUCAGUGGGAAUAUCUGCUUAAGGUGUUAAAUUCCUCAUCAUUCCUCAUUUGUCUAUUUUUGUUUCCUAAGUUCGCCCAACGACACAGAUGAGUCUGUCCACGCCGACACUGGUGGCUCGCUCCUCCAAUCUUAAAACACCUGUAGCCACCUGUGUUUCAGCCAAUGGAAAACCACCCGGCACCAUCAGGUGUGUGUGUUUAUGUGUUAAAUGUGUUUAUUAGUGAAGGUAAAGAUGUGUUGGUCUUGCUCUAAACCUCCCUGUGUUGUAACAUUGAUUUCUUGUUGAUGUGAGCAGGUGGGAGACAAGGGUGCCUGGAGAAGUGACCACCAGAGAGUACAGAAACUCAGACGGGACAUUCACGGUUCAAAGUGAUUACAUUUUGGUGCCCAGCAGAGAAACACACAAGGAAACCCUCACGUGUGUGACCUCGUAUAAUGAGGAGGUCUUCACUGACAGCGUCACUUUAGAUAUUCAGUGUAAGUCUAUUUUUCUGAUGACAAUAAUAAUACAGGCUUAACCAAGUUCAACAUCUAAUUUUUACAAAAAUAUAUCUUUGUUCCAGAUGAACCCGAUGUUUUGAUAGAGGGAUUUGAUGGAAACUGGUACCUGAACCGAGAGAACGUCCAGCUGAGCUGCCAAGCUGAUGCCAACCCAGCCGUCUCCCUGUAUCAGUGGAGACUGUAAGUACAUCUACAUUUGUGUGUGUUUCACUCAAACCAAGAAUCAAAAAGGAAACCACAGUGAGUGCUACAAUGGGUUCAGCAGAGCGCUGUCAAAAAGGAUAUUUAAUUCAGAAGGGUUUCUUUAAAAAUGCAAAGUCUCUCCUGCUCUGUAUUUUCAAAUAAAGAUAUUCACCAUGUUCACCAUGUUUACAGCAGUUGGUUAACAUUGUGUAUUUCUCUAAAUCAAGUUUCUCCUCCUUAUUCAUCAGUGUUAAUAGCACGUUACCAGCCAAUACUGAGAUCCGAGACAACGUCCUUCUAUUUAAAGGGCCGGUCACAUAUGAUGUGCAAGGAACAUAUGUUUGUGAUGCAACCAACAGCAUUGGGACACGAUCAGGCUCCGUGGAGGUCAGCAUUAUAGGUACGUUUACUUGGACUCUGAGAUCAGUAAUGAAAGAAAAUACUUCUAUUGGUUUUAUUGAUGUUUAAAAAAAAAUACUGUAAAUCUGCUAAAAAGAGGAAGGGCCUUUUAAAAUGUUUAACAUGUGUUUUUAUUCUCUCCCUGCAGAAAAGCCACUACCACAAAUUGCAACAGGUGACGUCAUCAGUGUCAUCGCCCUAUUGUUGGCUGCUGGAGUGCUCAUGGGCAUUACUAUCACAGUCCUAGUGCUCAAAAUAAGAAGCAGAAAAGAUGACUCUUCGUACGUACACAGUCCGGUACUUCACAUGCCUGCUGUUCCACUAUCUUUCUUAAUAUUCUGAAUUACUGUUCUUAUCUUUUAUUGUCUUUCCCCUUUGAAUCAGAAACGACUCACCAUCCAGAAAGCUGUCCCAGCCGAUAAGAAAGAGACCAGCAGAUGACAUUCAGGUAUCUUUCAAAUGUCACAUGUUCACAGAGUUGCCAGUGUGCACUAGUGCAUUAGCGCAUCAAAAACUGCCAGAGCCAAAGAGCUGUAUUCCCCAAGUAGCUCCUAAUACGCCAAGUUAGACCUGGUUACAGCCAGUAAUCUGCUGCUGCAGGUCAUAGGUUUGAUGGUGUUGGCAAGUCUAAAUGGGAAUGAGCUAAACCACAUUUCCACGGCUGCCAUCAAAUAAGAACUAAAUCGUCUCUUGCAAGUAGAAUAUCCUGAUAAUAAUGAUAAUAACGGAUGAGACUGGCUCUCUCUCCCCCAUUCUGAGUGCUGAAAAUUAAAGUUUGUGUAAUCUCAGGGUCACUGUAUGAUUAAAUCUGUCAUUAAAUUACAUACCAGUGUGUUUCAAGUAGAGAUUUUUUAACCUAACUCAAAUACUGAUGUCCGUCUACUUAUUGAGACAGAAAACUUGAAAUUGAUACAGUGCCGUGUAAAAGACUUAAAGUGUGUAAGAUGGGAUCAUGUUGGACUUAAGCCACAGAGGACGCACCUGGUACUAUUUUUAAGUUGUUUUGGUGAUAUUGAGUUUUAUCAUUCGUAAAUGUCAUUUUAAUUUAAAGUAAUUUCAAGGUGGGAAGAUCAUAGGGUCAUUAAGUGGUUAUAUUUGCUUGUACUUAAAUUAUGAUUCAUGAAUGUGUAUUUUAGACAUUAGCAGAUUCUACAAUAGCCCUGACCUGUAAGGGAUCAGGAAGAAAUGGAGCAGAUACAAAAUGGAGGAAACCUUGAAAAUAAACUGUGAUAUUUUGGCUGUUUUGCUUCUUUCUCCUUUUCUCCUUCCCUUGUGUAUUCAGUGACAAAUGAAGAGGUAAUUAAAGUUUAUAACUUUAUAAAGUUUAUAAUAUCUAUAACAAGCUGCCACCUUUAACUAGAGUGAGACAGAAUUCUGCUUCUCCACUGUCUAGCCUGACCAGGUGUCAAAUAUAAUGCAUUUACUUUCAGCUGUACAACUUUUGGGGAAUCUACACCUGUAUCCAUUUUCUAGGAAAUUGUUGUGUGCUUCCCUUUUUUGUUGCUGGGCAAAUAUUUCCUUUUUCCAGCCUGUUACAUUAACUUGAAAAUGGCAGGAAAGCCUCACCUAAUAAGCUUCACUAAUAAUUCACUUAACAAUAAUGGCAGAGAAAUAAUGAGAGUCGAACAUUUAAAAAAACUACUCAAGAAAGUAAAGUAUUUUGUCUAAUCAUUGUACAGUAAGAAUGUAAGUGUAUUGUUUCUCAUAGUUAACCGUCUUAUUUAUACGUCUGCCAUGUCUUCACAGCACUCAGGAAGGUUUUAUGAAGAGCUUCCAAACACAGCGGACUACGUGAGCUACAGACUGGCCUGUAACAAGGAGGACUACCCUGAACCCUACUCUCCUCCCAUCAACCCUCCUCUCUCAUUUCUGCCACAGCACCCUUACCAAUCCUCACAUACAACCCCUGCAACUAGCAGCAGCAGCAGCAACAACACCAUGUCCAAAAACACCUUUUCUCCCCCUCCCCCACACACUACGGCCAUCUUUAAAUACCCCUCGGUACCGGGCCUGUCCUCCCCUCCCCCCGGUGUGGCGGCGUAUACUUUUCCCAAAGAGCAGUACGUCUGAACCAGGACUUCAUUUGUCACAAACUCAAACUGCUUCCACGAGGACAAAUGAAACACUCAGAUUUUUUACCCAAACCUUUCCGAGAAGGAGAAUUUUUUUUUACCCUAAGCUAUCAGGCAGUGUCUGAACCUUUGUGGACAAUUCUGGAAGGUUAAGGGUCGAUGCAGUUUUUUUGGUGGACUUUGAAUCAAGUCACAUUUUAAAAUGUGUUCUCUGUUUUGUCCUGUCUUUUAUUGUAUAACCUGUUCUAUGAAAAGGGGAGUUUGUUGGACUAAUUUUCGGAUAAGUUGUAGGAUAGAGAGAGGUCAAGUUAAAAAUGAUUUAAUGCCAUUUGAAAAAUGCAUAUUCGACAGAUGGACUACAUUUGAUUUGCAAACGCUUCUGAUUUAGGAUUACCUCUUGAUGCCUGAUGUGAUUGGCCCCUGACUUUACCUGGUAUUGUAUAAUUUUGUAUAAAAAAGGAAAUGAAAGAAAAGAAUGAGGAUUUCCUACUUAAUCUCUGAGACCCAUUUUCUUUAUCCUGCAUCGUACACACGGACAACCCUUUUACUGUAGAACAGCGGAACUCACCUUUUGGUUUACCUCCUGCUCAGAUGAAAAACUUUUACUGUGUUUGUAUUUUAUAUAAUAUAUGUUUGUUUUUUUUCUUUGCAAUGAACAAUAAGCACAUUUUUAUGUACUCAAGAAAUGUUAUUGUUUAUGAAUUCUGUGUUUUAUUUGUGUGGUAUUAGUGGGUUUUAGUAUUCAUUGACACUGGUUGUUGGAUGAGCCUUGAAUUUUUAGCAUUUCAAUAAAAAAUGAUCAUGGUAACUUGUCAAAGUUGACUGAAAAUGAUAAAACCCUACUGACUUUCUUAUAACACUUUCUUCAAAUAGUCUCAUCAUACAUUGCAUUAAAAAUCAAAAGCCAGCUCUGA